GCUACGCAUGCGCAAGCCCAAGCCAGAGGAGGUGACGCCGCAGCGCGGCCUUGACGAGGAGUCGUUGGCAGCUUCAGCAGUCACCAAGCACGCUGGCCGGGUCUUUGGCUCCAUGUGCGUGGCCAACUUGGCGUUGCGGACCGGCGACAGCGUUGUCCCGCCGUCCAUCCCCAUGCUCGAACUCUAUUCCAUCAGUCAGUUGCAGCUUGAGCGUGGCAUUGAGGACCAGAUGAAGGAGGAUGCUAGUCGCGUUCAGGUGGACAGUUCGUUGGAGCCCGUGGACGUUGCCGCCAAGCGCUUCCGGACUGCUGCGGCUGUGCGGAAAUCGCUGAGGCUGCGCUUGAACGCAACGCGGAAGGCGAUUCUUAUGCGGACUCAGGAGAAGCGAGCUGGCGAGUGGACUGGCGACGGCAAGAACCUGCUGCUACGACACUCUUCGCCGGGGGACGAGUGGUUGCGUUUCUUGGACGUCGGCCCGGAGGAUUUGCAGGCGUAUCUUGAUGUCCCGCAGGUGGCACUGGCUGAGUUCUUCUGA